ACGUGACCAGAAAACAAGGAAGUAUUUUCUCACAUAGAAACAAGGCCGUUUUUGUGCUCCGUGCGACUAACUACAUUUCACGCUGUAAUCAGAUACAGAGCUGCGGCUACAGACGAGCAGCUUCAGUAGUUUUUAGUUGAAUUUAGAAAAUGGGGACAAAUUGCUUCUGUCGAGCGACGUUAUUAAAUUGUCUCUUAAUCUGCGUCACGUUAUGUUGCGACCUGAGCAGCGGAGUGUUUGCCAAGUCAUACCGGAGACCCAACAUUGUUUUGAUCCUAACAGACGACUUGGACAUCGCCAUCGGGGGGUUGAAUCCACUGAGUAAAACCAAAAAAUUAAUUGGCGAUGCAGGAAUAUCAUUCACAAACGCAUUUGUUGCCAGCCCACUGUGCUGCCCGAGCCGAGCCAGCAUCCUGACGGGAAAGUACCCCCACAACCACCACGUCAUCAACAACACGCUGGAGGGGAACUGCAGCAGCACAGCCUGGCAGAAGAGCGAGGAGUCCCACACCUUCCCCGCCUUACUGAAGACCUACGGCGGCUACCAGACCUUCUUCGCUGGGAAAUAUCUCAACCAAUAUGGGCACUCUGAUGCUGGUGGGGUGGAGCACGUUCCUCCAGGCUGGAACUACUGGGUCGCAUUGGAGAAGAACAGUAAAUACUACAACUACACUCUGUCAGUGAACGGAAAGGCUCAGAAACAUGGAGCGGACUACAGCAAAGACUACCUGACAGAUGUUCUGGCUAACAUGUCUCUGGAGUUCCUCCAGUAUAAAUCCAGCUACCAGCCGUUCUUUAUGAUGGUGUCCACGCCGGCCCCUCACUCGCCCUGGACAGCAGCUCCUCAGUACCAGGAUCACUUCAACAGCACCAAGGCUCCCAGGGACCCCAACUUCAACAUCCAUGGGAAGGACAAACACUGGUUGAUCAGACAGGCUAAAACUCCCAUGACCAACUCCUCUGUUCAGCUCCUUGAUGAUGCCUUCAGGAAAAGGUGGCAGACGUUACUGUCAGUGGACGACCUGGUGGAGAAGAUAGUGAUGAGGUUGGAGGUCAGAGGUGAACUGGACAACACCUACAUCUUCUUCACCUCUGAUAACGGGUACCACACAGGUCAGUUCUCUUUGCCGUUGGAUAAAAGGCAGCUGUACGAGUUUGACAUCAGGGUUCCUCUUAUGGUCAGAGGACCGAACAUCAAACCCAAUCAGACCAGUCAGAUGCUGGUGGCGAACGUCGAUCUGGGCCCAACCAUUCUGGACAUCGCCGGCUACAAUGUCAACAAGACCCAAAUGGAUGGUAUUUCCUUCCUGCCCAUUAUGGAGGGGAAGAUAAACAGCAGCAGUUGGAGAACUGACAUCCUGGUUGAGUAUGAAGGAGAGGGAAGCAACGUGUCCGACCCCGCCUGCCCUCUGCUGGGGCCAGGAGUGUCGAAAUGUUUCCCAGACUGUGUUUGUGAAGACUCGUACAACAACACCUACGCUUGCGUGCGCACCGUCGCCCCCUCUGCCAACCUACAGUACUGCGAGUUUGAUGACAAUGAGGUGUUUGUUGAAGUCUACAAUGUAACAGCAGACCCCUACCAGCUGACAAACAUCGCCAAAACCAUCGACCAGGAAGUCCUGGAGAAGAUGAACCAUCGGCUGAUGAUGCUGCAGUCCUGCUCUGGACAGUCGUGUCGGACGCCCGGUGUGUACGAUCCAAGGUACAAAUUUGACCCACGACAGCUGUUUCCCAGCCACAGUUGGAGGCUCAGCAGACUCAGACAGAUGAUGAAAUAAGCAUGAAGGACGAGAAGAUGGAAGGAGCAGACGAAGGAAGAAAGGCUGUUUUGUGUAUUUGUAUUCAGCCUUUCCUGCUGUUGUUGCCUUGUUUUCGGCCUCCUGAGCUGAGCCAAUCUCUUGUAGAAGGGAUCACGUAUUGGGGGGGGAGGUGGGUUACCAUGGAGACAUGAGGCCUCUCCGGAUGCAGGACUCACCUUUUAAACUUUGUGUUACUGCCUCUGUUAAAUAAGUUUAAUAUUUGUGAAAGGAAGCCAGAUUAUUCAAGACUGAUUACCACUAACAAGCCAUGAAUUCAGAUCCUGUUUUCUUAUCAGCGUUUUGCGCAUCAGCUCGGUCAUAUCCUUCUAAAUUUUUUUUUUUUUUCUCCCCCCAGCUCAUCUAGAUAUCCCUGGCUUUUCUUCAUGCAGCUGGGUGAUCCCUAAAACUCUGGUAAAAGAAUAUUUUUAGUUAACCAGACGUUUGGACUACAAUUUGAGGUGCUGCCAAUACUUAAGAUUUUCUUCACCGAUCCAGCCAUCAAUCAUUUUGCAAUGUGCAAAUUUGUUGCAAAUCACCAAUGGAUGGUUGGCAAACAGUGUCAUGGAGUUUAUCUGUAUAACACUACAAUAUAUGUGAUUAGUUUUAAACUAUAUUUGACAUCCUAAGAGAAGUGAUCAACAAAAUCUGAACUAGCUGAUGACACUUUUCCAAACAAUCAAACCUAUUCACACUGCAAUUAAUUACAAUUCUGUAAUUUCAACACUUUGUCUUCAUGGGGAAUAACCUCACCACGACUAGAAAAAUUCAUGUUUAUGUUUAAUAAGAUUCAAACAGUAAAACUAAAGUAAAAUUAAAAGUAAUGUGGGAAGGGAAGUGGCAACAACCACCACCUGCAUGCUAAAGAUCCCAUUUGCAAUCAGUAUGUUAUUCUGACUGGACUUUCAGAAUAAAUGCAUAAAUGUUUUGCUUUUUAAACCAACUAAAAUCACACAAAAAUUUAAAGUGACUCCUGUGAGUAUGCAGUCAUUCACACCUCAAGUAGCCAAGUGACCUGAGCAUGCUCUAGUCUGUGCUGCAGGUUUGUACCUAGGAGUAACUGAAGAGGCCGGCACAGAGAAUUUAGGACAGCAUAGUGAACAAGUACAAAAAAUAUGUUUUUAAGGUCAACCUAAAAAAAAAAAAAAAAGACUCAUCACCUGUUGGAGUU